AUGGAUACCUUUCUUACUGCCCCCCGAAUUUGUUGGUGGCGGGCACUGUUUAUUAUGAGCAUCUUCCAGGACUAUUUGGGCUCUCUGCUGGACUGCCCGCCGACCUGCACUUGUUCCACUACCGAGAUCUAUUGCAAUAAGUCUGACCAUGGGAAAUUCUUUCCCCUGCUCGCGCCUCAGGAUACGAGCGAUGGAAAUACCACUAACAGCAUCCCAGAUCUCUUUGAGAACAUCUCCUCCAUACACAUUGAGAACUGGACUGGACUGCAGACGCUGAGAGAUAUGGAUAUGGAGCUAUACACUGGACUGCAGAGAUUGACCAUCGUGAACUGUAAUCUGAGGGGGAUACAGUCCAGGGCUUUUGCUCAGAAUCCUCAGCUUCACUACAUAAACUUAUCUAAGAACCCUCUAGCGACACUCUCCUGGCAGCUUUUCCAGAAUCUGCAACUUUUUGAGCUGAGGCUGGAGGGAGUUGUGUUCGACUGCGGUUGUGAUAUUCGUUGGAUUCAGCUCUGGCAACAGAGGGGCGAAGCUGGUCUCCAUAACCAGCAGCUCUUUUGUAACGACGGCUACUCCAAGAUCCCGCUGCAGCUCAUGAACAUCUCUAACUGUGAUUUGCCGGAAAUCAGUGUGUCCCACAGCAACCUCACUGUCACGGAGGGUGACAGGGUUUCCAUUACCUGUAACGGAUCUGGCUCUCCCCUUCCGGAUGUCGACUGGAGAGUAUCAGGCCUUCACUCUAUCAACACACACCAGUCCGUCAUGCACUGGCCCAGUAGCGUCCACACCGCAAAUCUGACCCUGGUCAAUAUCAGCCGCGACGACAAUAGCUUUGUAUUGAAUUGUAUCGCGGAGAACGUGGUGGGGAUGACAAACGCUUCCAUACAGCUCUCUGUGCAGUUCCCUCCCAUGAUUAUGAAGUUUGAGGAACCUGAAAAAUGGCACGAUACGUGUAUGCUGUUCACGGUGCGAGGACACCCACUCCCCACGCUGAACUUUUACUACAACGGCAAGGCCAUUCCACAGAGCGAGUACAUCCGCAGUGAGAUGGAAAUCUACCAAGACAACCUGGAGGGCUGCCUCACCUUCAAAAACCCCACCCAUCACAACAACGGCAAUUACACUCUAGAAGCCACCAACUUCCUGGGCGUAGCCACCAAAACAGUGUUCGCCCACUUCCUGAACGCGCCCUUUACUGGUAGGUGUCUGUCUGAUCGUUUAGAGCAGCCAGUGAGCCCAACACCGACCAUCUCAGAGAAUCUCCGUCCAGAAGAGGACACAUUUGGGGUGUCCAUCGCGGUGGGCUUGGCCGGUUUCGCCUGCGUUCUGCUCCUCGUCAUGUUCGUGCUAAUUAACAAAUAUGGCAGACGGUCCAAAUUCGGCAUGAAAGGACCCGUGGCAGUCAUCAGCGGAGAGGAGGAUUCGGCCAGUCCCCUUCAUCAUGUUAAUCAUGGCAUCAUAACUCCGUGUACGCUGGAUGCAGGUCCGGAUGCUGUGGUGAUCGGAAUGACUCGCAUCCCGGUGAUCGAGAAUCCGCAGUACUUCCGUCACGGUCACACCUGCAACAAGCCCACCACAUACGUGCAGCACAUUAAGCGGCGGGACAUCAUUCUGAAGCGAGAGCUUGGUGAAGGGGCCUUUGGGAAGGUCUUCCUGGCAGAGUGUUAUAACCUUAGUCCCACCAAGGACAAGAUGCUGGUGGCUGUCAAGACGCUUAAGGACCCGACGCUCGCGGCAAGAAAGGAUUUCCAGCGGGAGGCGGAGCUGCUAACUAACCUGCAGCAUGAGCACAUAGUGAAGUUCUACGGCGUGUGUGUAGACGGGGAUCCUCUAAUUAUGGUCUUUGAGUACAUGAAGCACGGUGACCUUAACAAGUUCCUCAGAGCCCAUGGGCCCGAUGCCAUGAUCCUGGUUGACGGACAGCCGUUGCAGUCCAAUGGAGAGCUGGGCCUGUCCCAGAUGCUGCAUAUUGCCACUCAGAUUGCAGCAGGGAUGGUGUAUCUGGCCUCUCAGCACUUUGUGCACCGUGAUCUGGCCACACGCAACUGUCUAGUGGGCAAUGGACUGCUGGUGAAGAUUGGAGACUUUGGAAUGUCAAGAGACAUCUACAGCACUGACUACUACAGGGUUGGAGGACACACCAUGCUGCCCAUUCGCUGGAUGCCUCCAGAGAGCAUCAUGUACAGGAAGUUCUCCACGGAGAGCGACGUGUGGAGUUUUGGUGUUAUUCUCUGGGAGAUUUUCACCUAUGGAAAGCAACCAUGGUUUCAGUUGGCCAACAAUGAGGUGAUUGAAUGUAUAACUCAAGGUCGUGUUCUGGAGAGGCCACGGCUUUGUCCCAAGGAAGUGUACGACAUCAUGCUCGGCUGCUGGCAAAGGGAGCCACAACAGCGACUGAACAUCAAAGACAUCCAGAAAAUCCUCUAUGCCUUGGGUAAAGCCACGCCUGUCUACCUGGACAUCCUGGGUUAG